UCGAAGCAUCGAAAUCGUUGCCGUAACUGCAGAGGAGGAUUAUCUCCGGUGAUUGUACCUCGGAGCUAUUCAAUGCACGUUCAUCAUCCGGCACAACACAGCGGCGAUAGCUAUCACACGGUGGCUCUCACUUCCUCCACCAUUGGAUCUCUUAGUCUUUGCGAUUCUUCUUCUUUCAGGCAUUUUCACAAGCAACGUGUUUCCGACGAAACUGGUGAGAAGAAGAUGAAGAAUUCUUCGGAUUUGGUUAUUGAAGCCAAGGUUUGGUCAAGUAUGAUAAAGGAGAGAACCCCAAAGAUUGUUCCGAGAACUCCGAUUGUGACGCCUCCAGGAGAGCCAGAGACGAUCAAUACAUGGGAGUUGAUGGAAGGUCUUGAAGAUGUUAGUCCUUUACGAUCACCUAAUCACUUGAGGAGCUUCUCGUUUGAUGUUGUUCGUAUCCAACCUAGUCAUGAAUUUGAUCUUCCAAAAUCAAGGUUUCAUGAGAAUGUGAAGUUUGAUAGCAGAGUUGGUGAUGAUUUGGAUCCAACUGAGCAUCCUUUUCAUAUCCGCAUUCCCGAGAUGAAGACGAAUCCGCAAGUCGGGUCAUCAGAUGAAGGAAACUUGGAAAGAAAGAUUUUAGGUAAAGUAAAGGUGAUACUUUAUUUCACAAGCCUUAGAGGUAUAAGGAAGACAUAUGAGGACU